GUAGGUGAGAAGGGACCGCGGAGCGGCCAGAGAGAGGUUGCAAUCUUCCCGGAUUUGGAGACCCUGCCCUGAAUCCCGCAGUGAGACUUUGCGCCCUCUCGCUGCACCUGUUGCAGUGACCGGUAGCUGAUAGCUCUCUUGGUACGGUGAUUUAAGGAGAAUUAUAAAGGAAAGAAAUAAAAUAAAUCAUGUCAGAGAUACUUGACCUUUCUUUUCUGUCUGAAGUGGAAAGAGAUUUGAUUCUCAGUGUUCUACAGAGAGAUGAAGAACUCCGGAAAGCAGAUGAGAAAAGAAUUAGACGACUGAAGAAUGAGUUACUGGAGAUAAAAAGGAAAGGGGCCAAAAGAGGCAGCCAGCACUAUAGUGACCGAACCUGUGCUCGGUGCCAGGAGAGUCUGGGCCGUUUGACUCCUAAGACUAACACUUGCCGGGGUUGUAAUCAUCUCAUUUGUCGGGACUGCCGUAUUCAGGAGAGCAAUGGUAUCUGGAGGUGCAAAGUGUGUGCCAAGGAAAUAGAGCUGAAAAUGGCAACUGGAGACUGGUUUUAUGACCAGAAAGUGAAUCGUUUUGCUUACCGCACAGGCAGUGAGAUCAUUAGGAUGUCUCUGCGUCGCAAAACUGCAGUGAAUAAGAGAGAAAUGGUGGGACAGUCUCUCCUUCACCAGUCAGAGGUGGGCAUUAUCUGGCCAGGAAGAAAGAUCAUCCAGGAACAACAGAAGGAGCCCAGUGUGCCAUUUGAAGUGCCCAAGCUGAAAAGUGGAAAGUAUACAUUGGAGGCUGAGAGUGAGAGUCUAGAUAGCUACACAGCUGACUCAGAUAGCACAUCCAGGAGAGACUCUUUGGACAAAUCUGGUCUUUUUCCAGAAUGGAAGAAGAUGUCUGCCCCUAAAUCUCAGGUAGAAAAGGAAACUCAGUCUGGGUAUCAAAAUGUAGUAUCUGUUGAUGAAGAUGAAAUGAUAUUCAAGAAGAACACUAGAAAGAUACUCAGGCCUUCAGAAUAUACCAAAUCUGUAAUUGAUCUUCGCCCAGAAGAUGUGGGGCAUGAAAGUGGUUCUUUGGGAGAUAGAAGUAAAUCAGUCCCAGGUCUCAAUAUGAAUAAGGAAGAAGAAGAGGAAGAGGAAGAAGAAGAUAUUGACCAUCUGGUGAAGUUACAUAGACAGAAGCUGGCCAGAAGCAGCAUGAGAAGUGGCUCCUCUAUGAGUACAAUCGGCAGCAUGAUGAGCAUCUACAGUGAAGCUGGUGAUUUUGGGAACAUCUUUGUGACUGGCAGGAUUGCCUUUUCUCUGAAGUAUGAGCAACAAAUGCAGACUCUGGUCAUCCAUGUGAAGGAGUGCCACCAACUGGCUUAUGCUGAUGAAGCCAAGAAGCGCUGUAACCCUUAUGUGAAGACUUACCUUUUGCCUGACAAGUCCCGCCAAGGAAAAAGGAAAACCAGUAUUAAGCGGGACACUGUAAAUCCACUGUAUGAUGAAAUCCUCAGAUAUGAGAUCUCAGAGUCUCUUCUGGCCCAGAGGAUCUUGCAGUUCUCUGUUUGGCACCAUGGUCGUUUUGGCAGAAACACUUUUCUUGGAGAGGCAGAAAUCCAGAUGGAUUCCUGGAAACUUGAUAAGAAACUGGAUCAUUGUCUCCCUUUACAUGGAAAGAUCAGUGCUGAGUCCCCGACUGGCUUGCCAUCACACAAAGGCGAGUUGGUGGUUUCAUUGAAAUACAUCCCAGCCUCCAAACUACCUGUUGGAGGUGACCGGAAAAAGAGUAAAGGUGGGGAAGGGGGAGAGCUCCAGGUGUGGAUCAAAGAAGCCAAGAACCUGACAGCUGCCAAAUCAGGAGGGACUUCAGACAGCUUUGUCAAGGGAUACCUCCUUCCUAUGAGGAACAAGGCCAGUAAGCGUAAAACUCCAGUGAUGAAGAAGACCCUGAAUCCCCACUACAAUCACACAUUUGUCUACAAUGGUAUAAGGCUGGAAGAUCUGCAACACAUGUGCCUGGAACUGACUGUGUGGGACCGGGAACCCCUGGCCAGCAAUGACUUCCUGGGAGGGGUCAGGCUGGGUUUUGGCACUGGGAUCAGUAAUGGGGAAGUAGUGGACUGGAUGGACUCGACUGGGGAAGAAGUGAGCCUGUGGCAGAAGAUGCGACAGUACCCAGGGUCUUGGGCAGAAGGGACUCUGCAACUCCGUUCCUCGAUGGCCAAGCAGAAGCUGGGCUUGUGAGUCCUUGUGUUUCUCUGAAGGUCCAGCCCUGGCCAGGGCAAGUCAGAGGAUGUGAAGAAACUAAAAGAAAACAUUUAUAAUUUAAUAUGUGCAUGAUGUAUGUAUGUGUACAAAUAUGAAUUUCUAUAAGUUCUUAUGCAAGAGUGAUGCAGACUUGUUCCUCCUUUUAAAGCAGGCUCAAAAACUGAUCUUUCUAGGAUUUUAUUUAUGCACAACCUAGUACUUUUCAAGUGUUCAUUCUUAUAUCUUUAUGAGGUUUUAACUUAAAAUAUUUUUAAAACUUUUUAUCUCUUAUUUUCCUAUCCUGUUACUACUUGUCCAGAAAGGCGAGUUAUCUUUGACAUUUAUACUGGUCUGUAUUUCAAAAUGUGCAUGGUCUGAGGCCAAGACACUGGGAAGCAGGGUUGGGUUACUAAGAACAGAAAAGGAAAGGAAAGGUGAGUUGGUCCCCUUUUUAAAACUCCAAUACGUGCAUUCCACUUAUUUUCUAUAUUGAUACAUUUCUAGAACUUGUCUUUUAACCUGUUUUUAUGCAAUUUCUACCUUUGUUUAAAUAUAGUUAUUUUCUUUGAAAUGAUAAAAAACAAACAAACAAAAACUAAGUUCCAUCUGGCUCUUAAUCACCUUCAGUAGACAUUUUGGGGACCCUUAGAAUGCAGCUGAUUUAGAAAAAUAAAAACUUUAAUUAGGUGAUAGCUUUCUGACUAAGUCAGAGGUAUGUCUAACCACAGCUUCUGGUUAGUCCCAGUGGACCUGAGUUAGUGAACUUGAAGUCUGUCCUAGCUUGUGUUGAUCAUUUUAAAUUAGUAAUUGUUGUAGUUGGAGAGCUCCUCAUCUCUCUAGUAAAAGAUGAGACAUAUUCAUUCUCAUGUGCCACACCAUUCUUAAUGCUUGUGCACACAAUAUGUUACCAUAUAGGAUAUGGUAUACAUAUCAUUCUAUAGACAUAGCCAAGUGCUGUCAUAAUUGGCCCGGUGUUCCCCCUGGAUAGGCACCAUUAGUGGUCUGAGAGAAUGUGUUCAGAGAAUCUCCCAGUUACCUAAAUUCUAUUUUGAAAGGGUCUCAGUUCCUAUGUUUUUUUUAAGUUUCCUAAUAUGAUCUAGCUAUAAUGUGGGAGUGGUUGAAACCUUUCUAGAAAGGAAUAAGUGACCUAAGAGUCAUGUGAAACUGUUCAAACUGAUGUUUUCAUCUAUACAUUUAAAUUUGUUUGGAAAAGAAAAUAUGUAUCAGAGAAGAAGUCUCUUUUAAUAUAGUCAGCUGUUAAUUAAUUCUUCCAUAAAUCUACUGAAUUGAGAGCAAUUCUGAUUCAUAAUGUGUGAACUGGGUGAGCAGUGUUUUAAUUUUAAAUAGGAUUUUUUGGGGAUGGAUUGUUAUUGUAAUGGAAGGUUAACUUGAGUCCUAGGUUAUAAUUUUUUUUUUGCCCAGUACUCCCUGAAAUGUAUGUGUGCUUCAAUAAAGCUUUCUCAUUUGUCAAA